AUGAAGUCCUUCAUUCCCGCCAUCCUUUUGGGCCUGGUCACCCUUGUCUCAGCAGACACGACCCCAACAGACACGUCGAUCCCGAAGUCAACAGACGCCUCAUCCUUCCUCUCAGAAGUAUACGAGGGCGAGGCAACACCGACGUGGGCGACCGGCAAAUACGCAACAACACUGGCGUCGGCGCUCUACAGCGCGCAGACCUCCUUCGCCAUGCGGUCCGACUACCGCGACAUCGUCGAGGCCAUCUGGUCGGCAGCCGACAAGGACGGCGGCUCCAGCGUCGUCGAGUCGCUGAGCGAGUCGUUCUGGAACUGGGGCGCCGUCACCACAAACAACUGGUUCCAGGACAAUGUGCCCAAGUCUCUCCAGACUGCCGUCGCCCAAUAUGAUGACACCUGGGAGAGUGUUUUCACCAGUGUCGAGGCCAAGGCCACGGGCACGCAGAACGCUGCCGCACCGCGAUGCACUGGCAUGGCUGUGGCUGGUGUUGCGGCACUCGGUGUCGCUGCUGUUGCUGGGGCCAUGUAA